AUGGAUCAGUUUAAUUUCACAAUGGCUAAUUUUACUCUCUCCCCUCCAGGACUUCAAUCUCAGCCGUCCUUGGAUUCUAAGCACCUGGCUCUAUUGGUGGUGUUUUCUCUCUUCUUCAGUGUGGGAGUUCCUGGAAACAUUGCUGUCAUUAUCCUCAAGCCUAACUGGGAGCACCUGUCCAGUCUGAGCCAGAGUUUGGUGCUGAAUCUGGCUGUGUCUGACCUGCUCAGUCUGCUGACAAUUCCACUCUGGAUUCAUACCUGCCUCCAUGGCUGGACUUUUGGCUUGAUGGCCUGUAAGAUUACCUCUUGUGUUGUGUACUGCAGCAUUUAUAGCAACCUGCUGACUGUCAUGGGGUUAAGCAUCCAACGUUACCUCGUGGUGGUGCACCAAAUGGGAUGCCGUCAGGUACGAGAAAAACUGCUGCUGGUUCUGCUCUGGCUGGUUGCGUGCAUCUUGUCUAUUCGUCAUGUGGUGGUAAAAGAACUUGUACUAGAUGAGCAGUGGGCAGACUGUCGAUCUCUGUAUUCUUCUAAGGGCAAGCAGAUGGCUGCACUGAUGACAGAAGUUCUGUUGGGAUUUGGGUGUUUUUCUGUUGUGGCAUUUUUAUAUAUUCGCAUCCAGAUUAAAAUUAACAAGGCAGCUUUUUUCAACCAUCCUCAGACAACCCGACUUGUUACCAGCAUCAUUCUAAGCUUUUUCAUUCUGUGGCUUCCAUAUCAUACCAUAAAUGUGCUGAGUGUAGCAGCCAUAAGUCUAAAAAACGAGUUUUUGAUGAAGUUUUGUACAAGCACGAGAAGAAUUUUUGCAGCAGUAAUAUUUGUACAAAGUUGCCUGAAUCCUUUCUUAUAUGCCUUUACUUCUCUCAAGGUUUGUGCAGUUUGCCUAAAAAGCAAACCAUUGCAGCAGAAUCAAAGCAUGCCCCCAAACCCAGAUCUCAUUUUAGUUGCAUAA